GCGGGUGUUUCAAGGGGGUGGGGGCGGGGGGGUUGGCGGGGGGGUUGGCGGGGAGGUUAUAAUAUUCUAAAUGCAUGAGACAGGGGGUAAUUGAAGAUGGAGAGGAUCCUAGCCAAGUACCAACAACUCUAUACAAGAUCGGAGUGCCACAUGGACACGUGGAAAGAGCUGAAGAAGCAAUUCUGUAAGGAAUUAUCAGCGGCCUCGAGCGUGAUUGGACGUCUACCUCUUCUUGCAGAUGACAGCCUGUACGGCAUAUUUGCUGACGUUGAGGGUUUCAAGGAAAAGCUGCAGGGAAGACAAUUAGACUCCUUGGAGGUAAUCAUGAAGGCGAUGGGAGAGACCUUAGAGAGCAUGGAAAGGGAGUGGAAGAGGAUGGAGAAGGCAUGGCAGGAUGGGUGGAAAUUGGUGCAGGGAGAGAGGAGCAUGCCAACGGCCGUGGAAGCGUCGACACGCGUUGGACCCAGAGCAAGUAUCGUAGAUUGUCUGGAGGGAUUGCAGGAUUUGUACGUGAUGCAUAGAGAUGAGCAUGCGCUCAAGGUGGAAAUAGCCAAGGCCGUCCGAUACGACAUGGCUGAGGAAGACCUGAAUGCGCUGAUGAUUCUUGCGGCUGACGAACCUCACAUUGAUCCGAGUCAUGUGAAAGUCAUAUUUGACCGCUUCAGUUCUAGUUUCCAAUGAUGCAGAAAAGAAGAGAAGGGAAAAGAAGAAAACUACUUCUCUGUCUCUGUCAGUAUCUGCCUCUGUCUCUGUCUCUGUAUCUGUCUGUCUCUGUCUCUCUGUCUCUGUCAGUAUCUGCCUCUGUCUGUGUCUCUGUCUCUGUCUCUGUCUCUGUCUCUGUCUUUGUCUUUGUCUCGGUCUGUCUGUCUAUGUCUGCCUGUCUAUGUCUGCCUUUCUAUGUCUGUGCCUAUGUCUGCCUGUCUAUGUCUGUCUCUGUGAAUGGAUGGUUGUCUCUUUGUAUGUAGGUCUGUCUGUCGAUGAGGCGGUCUGUUUCUGUUUGUCGCCCUGUCUGUCUUGUCUGUUUGUGUAUCGCUUUCUCUCUCUGGGUUUCUGUGCAGCUAAAUUGAGCUAAUUAAUUU